CAGACGCGCUUUUGGAUUGGUUGGACUACGGCCCAAUAAGAAAAAAGAGCCGCAUCUUCUAUUUACAUACGUGUUUCUGGGUCACCGCCAGGCGGCAGGCCGUCCAACCAGGUGCCAGAUAUUUGGAACCCUCAUUUGAAUAUAAAGAUGACAAAUACGGCUGCCUGCGCCCUAUUCCAGUCUGUCCAGGUUCGGUUACUGCCUCGCCAUGCCGGAACCUUCCCGCUCCGCUCCGGCCCCAAAAAAGGGCUCCAAGAAGGCCAUCACAAAGGCGCAGAAGAAGGACGGCAAGAAGCGCAAGCGCGGCCGCAAGGAGAGCUACUCCAUCUACGUGUACAAGGUGCUGAAGCAAGUGCACCCGGACACGGGCAUCUCGUCCAAGGCCAUGGGCAUCAUGAACUCCUUCGUCAACGACAUCUUCGAGCGCAUCGCCAGCGAGGCGUCGCGCCUGGCGCACUACAACAAGCGCUCUACCAUCACGUCUCGCGAGGUGCAGACGGCCGUGCGCCUGCUGCUGCCCGGGGAGCUGGCCAAGCACGCUGUGUCCGAGGGCACCAAGGCCGUCACCAAGUACACCAGCUCCAAGUGAGCGCGCCGCGGGCACCCGAACCCAAAGGCUCUUUUCAGAGCCACCUCCAAGCUCAAAAAGGAGCGUGCGCGUG